AUGCCCCUCGAGCUACGUGCUGACGCUCUCUCUCAGGUCGGCAUGCUGGGCGUCGGCAGCAUGGGCGCCAUGAUGACGCUCCUGAUGGCCGAGCGCGGGUACGAGAUCUUCUUCUACGACCCGAGCGAGAAGAACAUGGACCAGCUGGAGCAGCAGUACAAGGACAUCCACCUCGAGUCGCAGGUGCAUAGGGUGGGCAGCUACGAGGAGGUGUGCAAGAACCUGGGCGAGCCCAAGGUGUUCAUGUUCAGCACGCCGCACGGCGGGCCCGCCGACAAGUGCGUCGAGUCGCUGACGCCGUACCUGAAGAAGGACGACGUCAUCGUCGACUGCGGCAACGAGCACUGGGAGAACACGGAGCGCCGCCAGCGCGACCUCGACCCCCAGGGCAUCCACUACGUCGGGUGCGGCGUCUCGGGCGGCUACCAGAGCGCGCGCGCGGGCCCUUCCAUGUCGCCCGGUGGCAGCCCCGAGGCCCUCGAGAUGGUCAUGCCGUUCCUGCGGACGCUCGCCGCCAAGGACAGCAAGGGCCGGCCGUGCACCAGCCCGGUCGGCCCUGCGGGCAGCGGCCACUACGUCAAGAUGGUCCACAAUGGAAUCGAGCAAGGAAUGAUGUCUGUGGUGGCCGAGGUGUGGCUCCUGCUCACGAAGGGCUUGGGCUUGGGCUACGAGGAGGUGGGCGAUAUCUUCAAGUCGUGGAACGAGAGCGGGCCGUUGAGGGACUGCUUCCUGAUCGCGAUCGGCGUGGAUAUCGAGCGGGCGAAGGGCAAGGACGGCGAGCAUGUCGUCUCCCAGGUCAGAGACAAGGUGGUCCAGGACGUCGACGAGGAGGAGGGCACAGGUACUUGGACGUGCGGAGAAGCGGUCGCGAGACACGUCCCGUGUGCCACGAUCCUCAGCGCUCACCUGUUCCGCUGCGCAUCCGCUGACCUGCGGCGGCGCACCAAGAACAAGGAGUCUGCCGGCACCGGCAUUGACGCGCAGCCCCUGGCCGUGGAGUCGAAGAAGGACUUCGUCGAGAUGCUGCACAUGACGACGUACUUCUGCUUCCUGGCCUGCUUCGCGCAGGGCCUCGACCUCAUCCGCCAGAAGGACAAGGACAGCGACUGGAACCUGGAUUACCUCAAGGUGCUGCAGCUGUGGCGGGGAGGUUGCAUCAUCAAGGCCGAGCACAUCGCGGACGUGCUUGAGAAGCUGUACUCGCGGAAGGACCACGACAAGGAAGAUAUCCUGGGCAACCCCGAAGUCGGUCACGAGCUGGCGAAGCACUUCCCUGCCAUCAAGAAGGUCGUGCUGAAGGCCAUCGAGGCUGAUCUGUUCGUCCCCUCGAUCAGCCAGACCCUGGAGUACUACAAAUACGAGACAUCGACUGGACUGCCCACGCAGUUCAUGGAGGCGCAGCUGGAUUACUUUGGCCAGCACAUGUUCGACAAGAAGGACGAUCCGGACCACGGGCCUGAGAAGGGCAAGCACCACUACGAGUGGAAGCGGGCCACGGGCUCCUCGGAUAAAUGA